CAUUCGACAAAAAUCCCGUUACAUUUGUAGUUUUAAAUUGAAAAAAAGUCCCAACAGUUACCAAUCCCGCGUCAGGUGCCUUCAUUCCAAAAACCCUUCCGCGUUUUGUAAAUCAAUUAGAUAUGAAUAUCCUGUCCGCAUGGACGCUACGCGCUGAUACGUUAUCUUAUAAGAAGUGAUUCCGGUUCAGUGGGAAGGUUUGAACUCCUCUGGAAAGUGACCAUUGUUGUAAUCAGGUCGAGGCUGUUAUCAUUUCUACUUGCUGACUUUCUUAGUUUUUUUUACGGGUUCACAGCAAGAAAAACAGCACAGGCUUUUCAAAGUGUCAUGAAAGAAAUGUCGAGCAACAUGCCUGGUGGGCAGCAGCCUCAGAAACAUUAUGGCAUCACUUCUGCCAUCAGCCUGGCACCCCCGCGAGAAAUAGACAACCAGUACACCAAGAAGCUCUGCGACGCUAUGAAACCUUUUGGGGUGUUUGAGGACGAAGAGGAAUUGAACCAUAGACUUGCAGUUCUCGGGAAGUUGAAUAACUUUGUCAAAGAAUGGAUCUCGGAGAUUAGUGAAUUAAAGAACCUCCCACCUUCGGCUAUAAGCUGCGUCGGGGGCAAGAUAUUUACAUUUGGUUCAUACAGACUUGGAGUACACACAAAAGGAGCCGAUAUUGAUGCCUUAUGUGUGGCCCCACGCCACGUAGAGAGAAGUGACUUUUUCCAGUCUUUCUUUGAGAAAUUCAAACAACACGAAGAAAUCAAAGACCUGAGGGCUGUGGAGGAUGCUUUUGUACCAGUGAUAAAAUUCAAAUUUGAUGGAAUUGAGAUCGACCUGCUUUUUGCCAGACUGGCCUUACAGUCCAUUCCAGACAACUUGGACCUGAGGGGAGACUCCAUCCUGAGAAACCUGGACAUCCGAUGUAUCCGCAGUCUUAACGGUUGUCGCGUGACUGAUGAAAUUCUGUACCUGGUGCCAAACAAAGAGAACUUCAGGCUGACACUGAGAGCCAUCAAACUGUGGGCGAAACGCCGUGGGAUUUACUCCAACAUGCUGGGCUUUCUGGGCGGAGUGUCUUGGGCCAUGCUGGUGGCCAGGACAUGCCAGCUGUACCCCAACGCUGUGGCCGCCACGCUUGUCCACAAGUUCUUCCUGGUGUUUUCCAAAUGGGAAUGGCCGAAUCCUGUUCUAUUGAAACAGCCGGAGGACAGUAAUCUUAAUUUACCCGUGUGGGAUCCCAGGGUGAACCCAUCUGACAGAUACCACUUGAUGCCCAUCAUCACCCCCGCCUACCCCCAGCAGAACUCCACGUACAACGUCUCCACAUCGACACGCACCAUCAUGAGCGAGGAGUUCAAAUACGGCCUUAGUGUCACAGAUGAGAUCCUUCAGGGAAAAGCAGAAUGGUCCAAACUCUUUGAGCCACCCAACUUUUUCCAAAAGUACAAGCAUUACAUUGUUCUGACCGCCAGCGCUUCCACAGAAGAAAACCACUUAGAAUGGAUCGGCCUGGUGGAGUCAAAGAUCCGCGUUCUGGUGGGAAACCUGGAGAGGAACGAGUACAUCACUCUGGCUCACGUCAACCCUCAGUCCUUCCCCGGGUCCAAAGAGAACCGCAACGAGAACGACUUUGUGUCCAUGUGGUUUAUUGGGAUCAUCUUCAAGAAAGUGGAGAACGCUGAGAGUGUUAACAUCGACCUGACGUACGACAUCCAGUCCUUCACAGAUACUGUGUACAGACAAGCAAACAACAUCAACAUGCUGAAAGAUGGGAUGAAGAUUGAAGCGACGCACGUGAAGAAGAAACAGCUCCAUCAGUACCUUCCUCCCGAACUGGUGCAGAAGAAGAAGAGGAGUAUAGCUGAGAUGAACCGUAGCUCCAACGGGGGAAGCUCUAAGCGCAUCUCUCUGGACAGCAGUCACCUAGACAGCUCCAGAGACACUGACUCAGGGACUCCCUUCACCUCCCCAUUGGGCAAACCCCUGAAGCCCGCGUCCGACACGGAGGACAGCGUCAGUCCUCCCAAGCAGCUCUUUAUGGAGGCCUUCCCAGCACCCAGUGCUGAAGCUGCAGCUGCAGCUGCUACGGACCAGGGCAUGUCCAUCUCUGUCAUUGGCUCCAAUUCCGAAGAGCCAGCGGCCAAAGCGAAGCCCGCCUCCCCGCCGCCCGGCAGCUCCUUAACGAUGGCGCAGAGCGGCAGCGACGAGGAGCCUGCCGCCGCCAGCAGCCCCCAAGAGGAGCCCAACGGCCUGGAGGACCCGGUCAAUGGCGCCUCUGUCAAGAGACCGCACUCGCCAACACAAGAGGACCUGGCCAAGAGGCACAAAGAGACAGAAGUGGUUUCAAAUGAUGACUCUGCUUUUAAAGAGCCAUAUCCGCCGUCCUCCGACUCAUGCUCACAGGGAGAAACCACCCUCUCCGGCUCAAAGGCUAAGCCUAUUCCAACCAUUGAUACCUCGAGAACACAGAGACUUCCCAGCAUGGAGCUGCCAGAUGCCUCCUCUCCUCUACCGGCCAGCAACAGCUGCCGCGUUGUGAAGAAUUCCAUCAAACUGGCCCUCAAUCGCCAUAACAUCACACCUCCCAAGCCUACAGUGUUUGAAGGUCCUGUCACAGCCGACGCUCCCCCUGCAGUCGAAGAAAAGGGCAUGUCCAUUCCUGUCAUCGGCUCAAAACACGUGGCAUCCAAACUCACGCCGCCACCGGUCGGCAGCUCCAUCCCCACGUUGGUGAGCCGAGUGGCCGACCCGCUGAACGGAGCGACCGUCAAGAGGUCCCACUCUCCCUCCCUGGAGGAGCAGGCUAAGAGGCUCAAAGAGACAGAAAAGGCCAGAAUCCACAUAGCUUGAACACACAAAUACAGACUGUGAUUUAUACAUGCGUAGAGAACCAGAGAAGACAGACAACUUUUGGGGAGGGGUGGGCGGUGGAGGUUGGUUGGUUCAGGUCUGUCUCAAGUGUGAAGCGGCAGGAUACCUCACCCUCAAGUCUUUAGAGAACAGAUUUGCCAGUGGAUAGGUGAAUCGGUCAAACCAGAUGUUGUGAGGCGCCCCUCUGUCCCGCUCACAGCCAGAGGGCUUUGGACACGGCAGUCACAGAGAUAUCCGGCACCAGAACUAAUCGUUAUUUUUUUUUUUUUUUUUACUCCUCUCCCUCGGUGUUUAAACGUGUACACAGUGUAGGAGGAAAAGGCGCUGUUCUUUUUUUGUUUUGUUUUCUCCUCCACCCUCCCACCCCCAAAAUCAACAUGUUUUAAACAGCCCAGAACAUUUAUUGACCGCUUGCUACAUACUUCUGUUGUAUGCUGAUUUCUUUUUCAUUUUCUCUCCCAAACAGAAGCCUGUACAGUAAAUGUUGAUGUACAUAACUUUUUUGUCUUAAAGAAGCAAAAGAUCACUGUAAGUCUUUUGACCAUUCUAUUGUAGUUUUAUCUAAAAAGGAAAAAAAAGGUUUAAAAAAUGUUAUUUUUUGUUUUCUCUAAUGCUUGUCCAAAAAAAGGAAAAAAAAAAAAAAUCUCCAGCCCUCGUUUUUAUUUUAUUUUGCAUAACACUGUAUACGUUUGGAUACAGUUGGAGGCUUUCGUGAGGGGUUCGCUCGGAUACGACAGAAACCACAACGUCUUUGGACCACGACCACCCAAAGGGGAGCGCUGGUUGAUAUUGGACUUGCGCGCAAAGGUGAUGGCUGGCGCCCAGUGACACCAGUGCUUCUCAGCUGCCGGUAAGCGGAAGAAGAAAUGAAUAGUCCUCCUGUACGGUAACGCUGAAGCGCUCCGCCCACGCCACAUACGCCUACUGUAUGUCUUGGAUUAGAAGGAAAAGUAGAGUUUUGCUCCUUUUCCUGGUGAGUUUGGGGUCCGAAAUGGCAAAUGAGUGAGCGCUGGACAGCUUAGACGACUACGAGAAAAUGUUCCAAUAUCGGUUUGUGUGCCUACCUGUGAUUGUGCGGCGCCUGAAAUCUCUUUUCUGGUUCAGUCAGAGAGCUCAACACAAACUAAGCAUUUGUUCUAGACAACGUUUGGACCCCCCCCCCCCUCCCACCAAAGUCCUAGGUGGAAAAAGUUUGCAGUGCUUUCUGUAAAGCAUUUUUUGACGAGUUUUGCUGGUUCGUGUGUGUAUGCAUACGUGUGUGUGAGUGAUAGAGACUGGUUGUGUUCAUGUGAUGGAGAGAGAUGGAAUUCCCUUUGUUUUGGGGUGUUAACCCUCCGCGCCUCCUGUGGAGGUUCUUAAAAGAAAGCAUCUCCCGGUGAUUGUGGUGCUGCAGGUGGUCAGGAGACAAGGCUUCAUCCCGCCUCAGGCCCCCCCCACCCCCCCAAAAUCUUCAUGGUCUGCGAAUGUUUGCUUCCAGCUCCAGAGGGAAUGUGUAUACGACAGUGUAAAGCGAUGCUGAGUCUUCCUGGGAGCAGGCACAGAGGCGCAGGGACACAGGCUCUUUUUUUCUUUUCUUUCCCCAUCAGUUGGCCCAAAUAAAUGUACAGAGAACAGUGUGAUUCUCCCCCUCCCUCAAACCCCCACCACCCUAAACAAAGGCAUACUCUUCAUUACUGGAGGGUUUCUUAUCACUUUAUUUAUAUUUGCAUAUUUGUACCAUGUUUUCUUUUCUUUUUUUUUUUCUUUUUUUUUUUUUAAA